AUGGGGAUAACAGCUUCUUUAACAGGAAUCAUCCGGAGGCAAGUUGGGAUGAAGGUGCGCGAAUUGAAGCAGAAAGGGGAUGACAUGAGGAAAAUUCAUAUAGUAGCGCCACAGGCAGCGUGGGGCGCUACCUGUGGCGCACAAAACAGAAUCACCAAGAAGGCCAGUGCCAGGGAUAGCGCCCCAUGCUACCCUGGGCGCUGGUGGCAUGAAUUUGUCCUAGUUCACCCGGGACUCGCCAUAAGAGCAGAUAUAGCAAAGUUAGCCAAUCAGGUAAAUAAGAUAACGAUGCAACAAGCGCAACAGAUGCAACAGCAACUUCAAACGGAAUUCAAUAAUUUGGAAAGGCAAGUCGGGCAAGUUGCCUCCACUCAGAAUGCUAGACCAAAUGGAGCACUCCCAAGUGAUACUGAGAAGAAUCCUGUUGAAAAAGUGCAAGCAAUUAAUCUAAGAAGUGGGAAAGCAUUGAAGGAGAUGCCACCUAAAAAGUUUGUGUCUAAAGAAGUUUUUGAAAGAUUGGUACCUCAACCAGAGGUAGAAGCUGAAAAAAAAGAUGAUAAACAUAGGCAGGAGAUAGAGUACUUGAGAGACAUCGUGGCUAAUAAAAGAAGGUUGACAGAGUUUGAAACGACUGCACUUACUGAGGAGUGCAGUGCUAGAGUACAGAGUAAGCUCCCGCCAAAGUUGAAGGAUCCCGGUUGUUUUACAAUCCCCCUGGCGAUUGGAAAACACGAGGUUGGUAGAGCCUUGUGCGAUUUGGGAGCGAGCACUAAUUUGAUGCCACUAUCAGUGUUCAAGCAGCUCGAUCUUGGAGCCCCCAUGCCUACUACUAUAACUCUACAACUAGCAGAUCGGUCAUUAGUUGUGCUUGAAGGAAUUAUUGAAGAUGUGCUGGUGCGAGUGGGGAAGUUCAUCUUGCCCGCCAAUUUUAAUAUUCCUGACUACAUGGCCGAUGAGGAGGUUCCAAUUAUUUUGGGGAGACCAUUCCUGUCUACUGGUGGAGCACUUAUUGAUGUGAGGGAGGGUAAACUAAAUAUGAGAGUUCAUGAUGAAGAAAUUACAUUUAAUGUGUACAAGGCGCUUAACCUUCCAAAGCAUUAUGAGGAUUUGUGCAUGAUCUCUAUGAUAGAAUCAAAGUUGAUAAAGUAA